AUGGCUGAAGGUGACCACAAGAAACCAAAGGGCAAGAUGUCUGCUUAUGCCUUCUUUGCGCAGACAUGCAGAGAAGAACAUAAGAAGAAAAACUCAGAGGUCCCUGUCAAUUUUGUAGAAUUUUCCAAGAAGUGCUCUGAGAAGUGGAAGACCAUGUCUGGGAAAGAGAAGACCAAAUCUGAUGAAAUGGCAAAGGUGGAUAAAGUACACUAUGAUCAGGAAAUGAAGGAUAAUGGACCAGUUGAGGGAGGCAAGAAGAAGGACCCUAAUGCCCUCAAAAGGCCACUGUCUGGAUUCUUCCUGUUCUGUUCAGAAUUCCGCCCCAAGAUCAAAUCCACAAAUCCUGGCAUCUCUAUUGGAGACAUGGCAAAAAAGCUGGGUGAGAUGUGGAUUAACUAUAGUGACAGGGAAAAGCAGCCUUACAUCACUAAGGCAGCAGACCUGAAGGAGAAGUAUGAGAAGGAUGUUGCCGACUAUAAGUCUAAAGGAAAGUUUGAUAGUGCAAAGGGUCCCACUAAAAUUGCCUGGAAAAAGGUGAAAGAGAAAGACAAAGAAGACGAGGAGGAAGAAGAGGAGGAGGAAGAGAAGAAGGAGGAGGGGGAAUAA